AUGCGCGUUACGGGCUGCUUCGCUGCCUUUGCUGGCACCGUGCUCUUGUCUGCAGGCACCGUUCAUGCCGGCUACCGCAUUGACACCACCUACGAUACCACCAACUUCUUCAACAGCUUCGACUUCUUCACGGGCAAAGAUCCUACAGAGGGAUUUGUUGAAUAUGUUGAUGGGCAGACUGCCAAGAAGGAGGGCCUCGCCGUUUACGACAAGGGGGCCAUCUACAUGGGUGUCGACUCCAAGACCAAGAACCCUCCCAAUGGCCGCAAGUCAGUUCGUGUGACGUCCAAAAAGACAUUCACCCGCGGCCUGUUCAUUGCGGAUGUUGCCCACAUGCCUGGUAGCAUUUGUGGCGCAUGGCCAGCCUUCUGGAUGUUCGGCGCAGACUGGCCAAACUCUGGUGAAAUUGACAUUCUGGAGGGUGUCAAUUCCCAGACGCAGAACGCCAUUUCGCUCCACACCAAGGCUGGCUGCACAAUGUCUAACCAGGGCGCCAUUGCUUCUACCAGGCUUGCCUCUGCAGACUGUGGUGCCUCGGGUGCCUCGAGUGGCUGCGGACAACGCACCGCCGACAGUUCAAACUAUGGCGACGGCUUCAACGCCAUUGGAGGUGGUGUCUAUGCGACUGAGUGGACUUCGGAUCACAUCGCGGUCUGGUUCUUCCCUCGGUCGAAGAUUCCACAGGACAUUGCCUCCCAGAAUCCCAAUCCCGGCAGCUGGGGAGCACCAACUGCUCGAUUCGUGGGUGGAAACACUUGCAACAUUGACGGUUUCUUCAAGAACCACCAGAUUGUCUUUGACACCACCUUUUGUGGCGCUUGGGCCGGAAACCCCCAAGUCUGGAAGUCGGACUCCAAGUGCGCAGCUCUGGCCCCUACCUGCAAGGACUAUGUUGCUGCCAACCCUGAACAGUUUGCGAAUGCCUUUUGGGCCGUCAACUCGAUCAAAGUCUACCAGCAGGGAGGCAACCCCGUUCCAGUCCAACACUACUCGGCGCCAGAUUCGGGAUCGCCGUCAGACUUGCUGGGACCUCAGGAUCAAGGCCAUACCCCUGCGCAGAUCCAGGUCCAGCCUCGGCCGACUCAGCCAGCUACUCAACCUCAAGCUGCCAGCUCGCAGCCGCCGCCUCCGCCACCCAGACAGGACCUGUCAUGGAAUGGGAAAGUUUGGAACGGUGGCAGCUGGAACGCCAAAAGACGAAUUAGGGCUGUUGCGAAACGAUUUUCCGCCUGA